CUCAACAACAACAGCUAUAAAUGGCAGAAGAGCAAAUGCAGCAACUGAGAUCCAAAGCCACAGAGCUCUUGCUCAGAGAAGAAUGGAGCGAAUCAGUAGAGGUAUAUUCUCAGUUCAUCAAUCUCUGCCAAAACCAGAUCAACCAGACCCCAGAUAACCUCCCAAAGCUCCACAAGUCUCUCUGCCUGGCUCUAUCCAACCGCGCUUCAGCGCGGUCCAGACUCCGAGAUUACACACAAGCCCUGAAGGAUUGUGAUGAGGCACUGAAGAUUGAGAGCACCCAUUUCAAGACUCUAGUCUGCAAGGGUAAGAUUUUGCUGAAUUUGAACAGGUACUCCAUGGCAUUGGGUUGUUUCAAAACUGCUCAGCUUGAUCCUCAGGCUAAUGGGAGCUCUGUUGGGCUUAAUGGGUACUUGCAGAAAUGCAAGAAGCUCGAGUUGAUGUCGAAAACUGGAGCUUUUGAUCUCUCUGAGUGGGUGGCUAAUGGGUUCCGAGCCAAGCCUCCGGAGGCUGCUGAGUACAUUGGAGCAGUGGAGAUGAGGAGAUCAGGGAUUAGAGGAAGGGGAUUGUUUGCGACGAAGAAUAUGGAAGCUGGGAGUUUGGUGCUGAUUAGUAAAGCUGUUGCAACUGAGAGAGGUAUUUUGCCGGGUCAUGAUUUGGAUGAGAAUGCUCAGUUGGUUAUGUGGAAGAAUUUUACUGAGAACGUGUUGGAUUCUGUGACCAAAUGUUCGAGAAUAUGUAGUUUGAUUAGUACACUGUCGAGUGGUGAAGAUGAGGAUGAGCUUGAGGUGCCUGCGAUCGAUGUGUUUAAGCCUGAGUUUGAGCAGAUUGGGAACUCAGAAGAGAAAAAGGUUGAUGCAAGUAGGAUAUUGAGUAUCUUGGAUGUCAAUUCCAUUGUUGAAGAUUCGAUUUCGUCGAAGGUAUUGGGAAAGAACAGUGAUUACUACGGUGUGGGGAUUUGGAUACUUGCUUCAUUUAUCAACCAUUCAUGCAUUCCCAAUGCGAGGCGUGUGCAUGUUGGGGACUAUGUGAUAGUUCAUGCUUCAAGAGAUGUCAAAGCUGGUGAGGAGCUAACUUUUGCAUAUUUCGAUGUGCUGAAUCCGUUGGAAAAGCGCAAUGAGAUGUCGAAGACUUGGGGGUUUAGGUGCAACUGCAGGAGGUGUAAGUUUGAAGCUGAACUAUGUUCUAGGCAAGAAGGCGUUGGAGAGAUUGAGAUGGGUCUCGACAGAGGGUUGGAUUCUGGUGCUGUGGUUUUUAAGCUGGAGGAAGGCAUGAGAAAAUGGAAGGUUAAGGAGAAGGAAAAAGGAUACUUGAGAGCUUCAUUUUGGACUGCAUAUGGCUCAGAGAAGUUGAUGAGAAGUUGGGGAAGACGGAUUCCGACGAUGGAGUCUGUGGUUGAUAGCAUUGUGGAAGCUGUGGGAAGUGAUGAGAGGGUGUUGAAGAUGGUGGUGGAGAAGCUAAAGAAAGGAAAUGGUGGCAGUUCGGUGGUGGAAGUAGAAAGAGCUUUGAAGUUGGGAAGAGGGGUGUAUGGGAAAGUAAUGAAAAAGCAAGCAAUGAAGAGUCUCCUUGGACUUGGAAUUCUUGAACCCAUCUAUUGAUUGAUAGCUAAUU